CAUUGUGACAGUCCUCGUUUCAUUGCAUGCAAUCAUCUGUAAACCCAAGAAGAAGAUGUCAUCCGAUUCAGCUAACAUGAUUCCUCCUCCAAACUUUGGCAUCUUUCCAGUCGACGUUUAUCAAUAUCUGAGCGAAACGGCCACAGGGGUAACAUAUCACUUACGUGAUAGAAGAAGUACGGUCGACAUGCCAAGGUUGAAAAAUUGCGAAGGACCCAUAGAAUCCUCCUCCAAAGGAAAGGGAAAAGAGAAGGUAUUCCAAACCUCAAGUUGUUCUGCUCCGGUGCCGUCGACCGGGAAAAGAGGUUCUGAGAAGGCAGAUAUGGACAAACAACCGAAAGACAUAUGGGAUGACCUUGAGGUAAAGGAGGUUGAUCUUGGACCAGUUGGUAGGAGAAUUCAAUGGCGAAGGAAGAUCAAGUCCAGCAGAGCUGCAAGAAAGAAUCAAAUGCCUCAGAAGGUCGUCAGAGAUCAUCUCAUGGUCGGUCAUGAGUCUAUUGUUUUAUAUGAUUCAGAUCGUAGAAAGUCUUACAAUUGUGUUCUGCACCUGGCCAAUCGGAAAACAUUCACGGAGCGUUACAUAUGCAAGGAAUGGUAUACGUUUGUAAGGCACAGGAAGUUAAAAGUUGGUGACAGGAUUGGUUUCAGUUUGAGACUCCCUGAGUGUGACCAAUUGCUGGUUACAGUGAAGCGCAAAAAGUCUUCAAAAUGAAACAUUAUGUUUUAUUCCUAUACAAUGAUGCAAGAAGACAUCCAUUUUGUACCAGUUAUGCUGUUUUAUGUGCAGUCAGGUGUAGGAGUGUGUUAGUUUUGAUAAGUCAUGUAGUUGUUACAAAUGUGAAACAUUGACUUAGUUGUAUGCUAACUUAGUCCCAUGGUGAAAUGUUGAAGUUUAUCAGCAUUUGAAUGGGUUAUGAUGUAAGAUUAAACUAUGUAAUCUGUAUUUUAUAUGCAAGUAUGAUG